CCUCCUUCUCUACUCUACAACUUCCCACCACCUCCACUCCCAGCCACCCACCGAAAUCAACCUCACUCCUCGAGAUCAGACCAAACCCUCGAGACAAGCACCACAAUGACCCAGAUCGUCGCCCUCAUCAACCAGCUCGCAGUCCUCACGUUCACCCUCAUCAUGACCACCAACCUCGCUCCAGGAAUCAAACGCCAUCUCACCGCCAUCACCGACUCCUCGCCCCUCGCCGCGGGCCUCCUCCUCUACUGCAGCAUCUCCUAUCUGAUCAACCACAGCCGCUGCGGCCUGCUCGUGUCGACCUACUUUGCCCAGCUCUACUCGACCAUCGCGACCGACUACCUGUGGAACCUCCUGUUCUGGAAGACCCUCCCUGCGACCGGGCUGUGGGCCCGAGCCCUGAAGGACGAGCUUUCCAUGCGCAAGGAUCUGUGUGUCUGUGAAGGAGCGGCCGCCGUGAUCCAGUGGUGCUUCGAUCCAUACGCGCGGGUGCUGCUGGUGUGCGAGUGGAUGGGCUUUCUCUGCGUUGGGAUCUAUUCGACGGUCUUUGCGGCCAAGGCGGUUUACCGGCUUCUCGGUGAAGGGCAUACAUAUUGA